AUGGAAUUAAUAACAAUGUUACGGCAUGGUCUUUUUGGAGAAGAAGAAUAUUUAUUCUACUCCGUUGAAGUGCAAAAAAGAGGCCUUCCUCAUGCACAUAUACUUCUUCGUAUAAAAAAUUUUGAAAAAAGCACUUCAACAAUUGACAAAAUAAUUUGUGCAGAAUUACCAGAUCCUAAAAAUGACAAAGUUUUAUAUGGUAUUGUUGUAAAGAAUAUGCUCCAUCAAAAUUGUGAAAAGAUGAAAGAAAAUUCUGCAUGUUGGAAUUUGUCAAAAAAUAAAUGUUCAAAAAAUUUUCCAAAAAAAUUUGUCAAAGAGACAUAUAUAGAUAAAGUAAAUGGUAAAGUACAUUAUAAAAGAAAAGAUAAUAGAAGUGAAAAUAUUAUUCUAUUAGAUAAAAGAAAAAUUGACAAUAGUUAUGUCGUUCCAUACAAUCCAAUAUUAUUAAAAUAUUUUGAUGCUCAUAUCAAUGUUGAAAUUGUUAAUCAAGUAUUGGCAGUCGGUUAUUUAUUCAAAUAUUUUGUUAAAGAUGGUGAAACAAACAAGGUUAAUGUUGAAAUGUUAUAUAAUGAUAAUAAUAAAGAUGAGGUAUCAGCAUAUCAAAAAGUAAGAUGUGUUGGACCAACUGAUGCUACAUGGAAAAUAUUUGAAUAUCCAAUUGUAUGCAAUACUGUAACUGUUGAAGUUUUAUAUAUACAUGAAAAACCAAAAAAUGAAAAUAGUAGAAUAUAUUUAAAUUAUUUAAAUGAGGACAA